AACUUUUAAUUUUACAUUAUUACUUGAGAAAACUUCAAAAUGGCACGAUAUUUCAAGGAACAAGAUAUAGACGAGUUCCGUGAAUGCUUCUAUCUGUUUGCACGUUCUGGUCAGAUCACGUCCCUUGAUGAGUUGACUGUUGUGAUGCGUUCUCUGGGGAUGAGCCCGACCAUACAGGAAUUGACUGGAUACCUGAAAGGCAAGGGUGGUAAAAUGUCGUUUGCGGACUUCCUUGAAGUAAUGCACAUUCACUCCCGCGCAGAAAACCUUCCAACCGAGGUUGUAAAUGCUUUUAAAGCCGGUGACCCUGAAAAGAAAUCGUCGAUUCCUGCUAGGCAACUUCGUAACCUUCUACAGAACUGGGGUGAAGGACUUUCUGCACGCGAGGUAGACAACAUUUUCCGUGAAGCCAACGUGUCGAACAAUGGCGUUGUGCAGUACGAGGACUUUGUCAAAAUCGCGUGCGCACCAGUCCCUGACUAUUACUAGCCGUGCCUCACUAUUAAGUUCCGGGCCUAUCCCAGUAUCAUUACUUACCUCUAAUUAUAGAGCAUAUAGGACUGGAGGAGUCAUCGAUAGGCAGUCCCCUCUGUCAAGGUACAAGCAAAAAACAUCCAUCGCACAAUAAACACUACUUCCGAAUCGAUGUUUUUUCAUUUCCAUUAUCGAAUUCACCGCGUCAAGUACUCCACGAAACAUGUCGUUCUUGCGCUAUAUAAACUUGCAAAAAAAUCUCAGCUACAUCCAGUCUAGCCACGUGGAAUUACAUUUUGGAUAUACGUGAUUAAUUAGUACGUAAUGCAUAUCGACACCGUCACGUCGAUAACUUUCCGUCUCUAGUAUAUUCAUGAGAAUCGAUUUAUUUUUGUCGAUCUGUGUAUUUGUAAAAAAAAGGUAGUGUUGUCUACUUUUGUUUGUGUGUGUACUAUAGUGACACAAUUCAAUAUUGCAUUUGAGUGCACCUGUUUGCUUGUAGUACUAUCCCCCCCCUUCCCCGCCCCUCAAAAAGUGGCACAAACUUUUGUCCGAGAAAUAACGCUAAUAGCGCCUCCAAUCCUAUAUGCUCUGUACAAGGUCCACAGUUCUGCACAAUGUAAACUGACGGAAUCGUUUGUUAGUACGCUGCCGAAGUGGACCGAGUGCCGUUCAGAGCUCUUAAGUAGCAAAGAUGUGAGGGGCACUGCCGCUGCGCCUGUCAUCCUGUGACAAGUUGACAAGUUCUAUGUGCCUGUAAUUUCUCUCUCCACUCACUCCAUUUUUGCACUCUUGUUUAAUAGCGUCAAAUUAAUAAUUCUUAAUUUUCCGAUAUUUUUAAUUUCCUCCAUAAACACCAAUACUAUGCAAGUGGGAGGCAGCGCAAUGCGGCUGUCGUGCUCCGAUGAUUUAUGGCCGAAUCUGCAGCGAGUAAAUAAUCUUUCUAUAGGUUGUUAAUCACAGAGUAGACUACGAUUUAUUCGGCAAAUCGAAAUAAUCUGCCGGCAGUCAACAGUCGACCCUGUGUAAACACGCCAUAAUAACUAUAUUGGUGACUUCGAUUAUUUAAGUAUAGUUUUUUUUCUUGCGUCUAUUCCAGUGUGUUCAAACUAACCAACCACAUCGAUAUACUAACCUAUAGAUUUCUACACUGGCAAUAAAACUUAAUGGCGACACUGGUUCUACUACUACUUUUUUUAAUCACUAAGGUCAUGAAAUAAAUUUAAAAAAUCCAAUUAACGAUGUGUCCCAGCAGAUAGAUUUUAUUCAGAAAUUUCGUUAAACCUAAGCAUCGAGUAUAAAUAUAGCUUGAAAUAAGAGACGAAAUAUCAUUUAAUUUGUUUGAAAACUAUUCUGCCAAAUCAUUACGGUGACAACUGCGCUCCGAUUGGCCAGCCCGAAUUCGAAACAAUUGACGGGUG